AUUGUGCAUCACUCACUCACUCACGCGCUCUUCUGUCGUCUCUUGCAACUCUCUCUUAAGCUCCGUUGCAAAAAAUAGUUAGGCCACCUCUACCUGUCCUCCUGUAAUAUACCUCUCCGUCGUCACUUCCAAAGCUCCCUUUCGUCUCCAUAAAAGGACCUCGCAUUUUCCAAUUUCGCCAUUUCUUUUCUCCCGCAAUACGCCAUGAAGCUCAAGUCUCCUUCCAACUCCGCCUCUCAAACCCUAACGGCCACCACCUCCUCUCAUGACGCCCGCCUCCUCGUCCGCGAGACGCUCCGGAUUAGCGCCAAUCUCGCCUCCGCGCCGCCUUCCUCCGCCCCAACGGAGCUGCCGCUGGUUGAUGCCAGCUCCAGAUUGCUCUGCUGCGAGGAGAUCGACGGCCGCAUGUGGAAAUACUUCCCGGAUGGCAGUGUGAGUUGCGGGGCGAUGCAACCGAAGAAGAAGAGCUCGAUUCGUGCUGUUGGAUUGCAGAGUCCUCAAACUCCCAUUGAUGAUUUGAUGACGUUCGUGAGAUCUUAUGUGGUUCCGGAAGGGUUCCCGGAUUGUGUUAUGCCUUCUUAUGUGCCAUACAUGAGUUGGAGGGCUCUAAAGUACUUUUGUGGAGGAGCAAUGAGUGUUUUUACAACACAAACACUCUUAGGUUCAGUUGGAGUAUCCCAAAACAGAGCUACCCAGAGUGCUGUAGCUAUCAACUGGAUACUCAAGGAUGGUGCAGGCCGGGUUGGAAAGAUGCUUUUUGCCCGUCAAGGAAAGAAAUUUGAUUAUGAUCUAAAACAGCUUAGGUUCACAGGAGAUCUCCUUAUGCAGUUGGGAGCUGCUGUAGAACUGGCAACUUCUGCUUUUCCGCAGUUUUUUCUUCCUUUAGCCUGUGCAGCCAAUGUGGCCAAGAAUGUUGCUGCAGUCACAUCAACAUCAACUCGUACUCCUAUAUACAAGGCCUUUGCUAAAGGAGAAAACAUUGGUGAUGUAACUGCUAAAGGAGAGUGUGUGGCCAAUCUUGCCGAUUUGCUUGGCACUGGGAUGAGCAUCAUGAUAUCCAAAAGAAACCCAUCCUUAGUGACUACAUUUUCCCUCCUUUCAUUUGGUUAUCUUUUCAGCUCUUACCAAGAGGUAAAAUCUGUUGUGUUGUGUACUCUAAAUCGUGCAAGAUUUACUGUGGCAGUGGAAUCCUUCCUGAAGACAGGUAGAGUUCCUACAUUGCAGGAGGGAAAUUCAACGGAAAAAGUAUUCGUCUUCCCCCCAUGGAAAAAUCAGAGACCUAUUGUUCUUGGACCAAGAUUCAAAGAGGCGUUUCAAGAUCCUGAUUCAUAUCUUGCAGUGAAGCCUAUUUUUGAGAGGGAGCAGUAUAUAGUGACGUACAAUCCUUCGAAGAGGAAUGUAUAUGCAUUGCUCAAGAAUCAAGCAAAAUCUGAUGAUGUACUCAAAGCGGCUUUCCAUGCACAUAUUCUUCUGCACUUCAUCAAGUCGUCCAAUUAUCAGUCUUCGUCCGGGAAAGAAAUGCAGGGUGAUCUCUCUUUUUCCUUGGCAUCCAGUGCUGAUCUUCAUGCUCAUGUUGCAGAAUCUUAUAAAAUGGUCUCAGCUCUGUAUGCACCUUUCAAGAGUAAGGCCAAAGAACAGGGGUGGGUAAUGUCAGAAUCACUGCUUAAUCCUGGUCGAGCUCGCCUAUGUGACUUGGGUGAAUAAGAAGAUGUUUUCUGCCGUUAAUAUACUUGUGUGAACAUCUGAUGUUGGAUAUAAAAAUUUGAUAAGCCUGCUUAGACAAGUAACACUCAUUUGCACAGUAACAAGAUUGUCAUGCCUUCUCCCCCCACAAAAAUAAAAAACAAGAUCAUCCAUCGUGCCUUGAGUGUGUAUCACGCAGAGCUUCCUGUCAUGGCUUGCACAAACUACAGAAUGCGUAAGAGCUGUAAACAGAGAUGCAAGAAGAUUCUACCUGUGUAUGAAAAUAGUAGCUUGCAUUUCCGCAAUGUAAGCAAGAAAUAACCUCUCCUAUCAGAGUUGUCAGCGUUCGUGUAAAUUUUGUUAAAUUUUUUUCAUGUUUGUUUUUCUAUUAGGUGCUUUUGGCUGUUGUUAACAGUAUGAGGUGCAUAAUGUUUAGAGCAUAACAUGUAUGCUUUUAUUAUGAUUUGCGAGUGUGUUAUGUAAACCCCUAUUAGCAUAGUGUAUAUAGCAUGAUUUAUAUGCUUUUCUAUUAGUUCGUGCAAGCAAUAUAUAAUAUUAAUAGUGUGGAAACUCGAUUAGCAUAAUGUAUGGUAUGGAUUUGAUAAUUAGUCUGCGCCAUUAUUAUCUUCAAAA